UAUAUUCUAGGCGUGGCAUUAAUUAAAACAAUGGCGCUGGUGAUUCCUACAGUUUUGGAAGAAAACUUUACACAAGCAGACGGAGGAAAGGGACAGAACAUUAAAGACGCCUUUUCAUUUAGCUUGGACAAGGUGGAUAACUUGUACCAAUGGGAUUCCAGUAAAAGCCUAUUCAAGUUCUCCUUCACAGAAAGAGGUGUUGCUUAUAAUGAAAAAGAAACCUCUACUCAAUUAGCUGAGACAAGUUUCCAAACUAGCGGAAAGACUGACCUCCAAUUGAAAUUUGACCCCACGCCUACUCUGAAAUGGGGCAUUAAUUUUGUGGGCGUGGUCAAGGUGAUACAUUCAAACGGAGAUGAAAAUGUUCUGUACAUGCCUGGUACUAGGACGUACGACCCUGCUGGGAUCACAGGAGAUCCCCAUGCCAGUGAGAGGAUAGGCCCUAGUUGCUCACGUACUCAGGCCGCAAUAACGCUGAGUCAGUUCAUGGCUGUUCGGCUUGGGGCCACUUUGGAGCAGGUGAGGGCUGUUCAGGAAGCUUGUCGGCCACUCGUUUCACGUUAUCAUGGUCGUAUUGCCUUGUUUGAUUGGAUAUUUCUUCAAAUACAGGAAACUGUUUUUGAUAAAAGAGAUGUCACACCUUACCCUGAAUAUCUAAAGCAACUAAUGCGAUCCAAUCUUUUUGAGCUUGACGACAAGCGAGACCACACUCGCUCCUAUCUCAUUUCGUACAACGAAGGAAAUGCAAGACCACCUGUUCAGUAUUAUCGUAAAGUUGAAGCGAAAGAUAAAGUUGGAGACAUUCUGAGUGCUGACGAUUUGGAAGAAUUUUACAAGAUCACACAGUAGACAUAACUAAUAUCAGUCUUGUAGCUAUAGCUUUUAGAGAUCAUGAAUUUUUAAUGAAACUAUUUAAAUAAAUCCUACAGGUUUACUUUCAUAUUUUUUAAAUUUUUAUAAUUAUUGUCAAUAAAAUAAUUUGAAUAACACAAAACCAUUAAAG